UUCGAUAUUCAAUAUAAGAGUUGGCGCCCUUUAUGGUGAUUGCGUUGCGACAGGCUACUCGUGGUUGGGAAUUAGUAGUUAUCAGAAUACAGUGAUCUCUGUGUAUGGCUCAAAGUUUACAUUUAUAAUAUUCAAGAAGUCUAUUUAAAGUAAACGUGUUAUUUAUCUUGGUAUCAUGACUAAUAAAUCCAAUGAACUAUUACCAUUCGAUUCUCGUCAAAUAAUAUGUGAACUAAAAGAAUAUAAUAUUCAAUUGAAAUUAUUAUUUUUACGAUUAAAUGGUUGUCUAUUCAUUUGGUUAGGUAAUGAAGAAAGCAAAUUGUCUGGUUUAUCUGUAUGUUUACCUUCACAAAUAUCCACAUCUGAUCAACAUAGUGCUACAAUCUAUUCAGUAACUGGUGCUUCACGAAAUCCAUUUAGUGAAUAUGAAGAAAAUUUAUCAUGUAAAAUUUCUAAACGUUUUCAUUGUCCUAUAUUUGUUAGUAUUAGUUUACCGUAUGAAUUUGCUUCUUUAUGGAAUACUGUCAAUGUAAUCACACAAAGUACACUUAGUCAAAAAGUAGAACAUUGUAUAUUUGAAAAUCUUUCUACUAUUAUACUUUCAUGAUAAUUUUUAUGUUUUAUGGUCAUAUAUAACUAUAACGAGUCAUAUAUAUUUAUGUAUAUUCAUUUGUAUUUACUGUUCAUAUGUUGCAUUUUGAAUUAUAUACUCUUAUAUGAUGAUAAUAUGAGAAUGGCACUGUUUAGCUGUUCAGUUGGUCACAGGUUUGAGACCUACCGUGCUUUGAUUUUGAGCAUCAGUCAGAUAUUAGAAAUGUAGAAACUGGAACAUAACUACAUCGGCUCCUACCUUUACCUUUAGCCCCCAAAUGCCCUGGUAUGGCCGAAAGUGUAAAGAGUCCGCUCUCCCUCUCCAAAUGCUCUCACAUGGCCACGCGAAUAUAUAGCCUCUGCCAUAGAAGUCCUACUCACUGCCUUCUCG